UCCGGCGCACACCGGAAACACCUUCUCUCUCCCAUAACCCCCCGCGCGGCCGCACUUCCGCCUCUCUCCCGCGCCGCCACCAUGGGCAUCGACAUCCGCCACGACAAGGACCGCAAGGUGCGGCGCAAGGAGCCCAAGAGCCAGGACAUUUACCUCAGGCUGCUGGUCAAGCUGUACCGGUUCCUGGCCCGCCGCACCAACGCUCCUUUCAACCGCGUGGUUCUCAAACGUCUCUUCAUGAGCCGCUCCAACCGCCCUCCCCUGGCUCUGUCCAGGCUGAUCAGGAUGAUGAAGAAGCCGGGCAGGGCCGACAGAACGGCCGUGGUUGUCGGCACCGUCACCGACGACGUUCGCAUCCAGGACGUGCCCAAGCUCAAGGUCUGUGCUCUCCGCGUCACCCGCGGCGCCCGAACCCGAAUCCUGCGCGCCGGGGGCUCCAUCCUGACCUUCGACCAGCUGGCCAUGGCCACCCCCAAGGGCAAGGGCACCGUGCUGCUGUCAGGUCCCCGCAAGGCGCGCGAGGUCUAUCGGCAUUUCGGGAAAGCGCCGGGGACGCCGCACAGCCACACCAAGCCCUACGUUCGCUCCAAGGGCCCCAAAUUCGAGCGCGCCCGAGGCCGCCGGGCCAGCAGGGGCUACAAGAACUGAGACCCCUCCCCAAAAUAAAAAUAAAAAUACAAUUAAACAGAAUUUACAAAAUU